GGUUUUGUGAGUUGAUAACACUGAUCGUAACGACAACAAAGUUUUGACAAUUGACAGUUAUAAGCGUUCAAUAACUUGUGUUUUACUUGCUGAUAUAAAUUUGGUAUAUUAAGUUAUUAUAAGACUUAUUUCGACCUUUAUUACCGAUCGAUUGUCAUAAAAGACAAGCAGUAAUAAUGACUGCUGCCGACAAUGAGUAUCCGAAGGCAUCCAAUGCCACCCUCAUUGGUGCCAGCAUCACAUAUGUGGCGGGGCUAUUCCUGCUGUUAUCUUUUGCCGGUCCAUACUGGAUAGAAUCCUAUUCAGAAAUGUUCUCAUCAUUCAAGCAUAUGGGUCUGUGGGAGUACUGUUUUGACAAUUUUAGGUACCCACCUUAUCAGUUGGACAAGUUGUUCAAUGGCUGCCAUUAUGUAUUUAGCCAUGAAUACUAUGUAAUUAGAGAAUAUCUGUUGCCUGCUUGGCUGAUGGCGGUACAAUCAUUUGUUACUUUGGCUCUGAUGCUUUCAUUUACUGCUCAAGUACUGCUUGCGUGUGUCAUUGUACGCUGGCCUUUACGCACUGUUCUAAGAUAUGAAUGGAUUUUUGUAUCUGUUGCAUUUGGAAUGGUGGCAAUCUCAAGCUUAUUCCUUUUCCUGGCAGUGGCUAUAUUCGGAGGCAAUUGUUACCGCCGAGAUUGGAUGAUAUAUCCUUCUUUCAAUGUAUUAUCAUGGUCUUAUGCAUUUGCUGUUGUAGCAUUUAUUUUGUUUGGUUUUGCAGCAAUUUUACUUUAUCUCGAAUCACGCAAACUGUAUGAAUUGCGCUCUGAGGCAAAGAAUCUUGUGGCUCAAAUGCAACACAGCCAGCCUGAACACGCUCUCAAUCAAUUCAGAGACCAACUGCACCAGCAGAGGCAGUGGAAUAUGUAAUUAUGAUUAUAUUUCGUGUUACAAAGAUAUUUUAAACUUAAUGAUCUUUCUAUUUUAUGACAAAUGAAAGCCAUUCCAGUAUGGAUGUACCAAAAAGGUAUUUAGAGUGAUAAGUUUUUAAAAAAGAUUGUAAUGAAUUUUAUAUUUUAACUAACAUGAAUCUCAUUCUGAAAAUUAUCGCCGUCCGUUAUAAAGUGAUUGAUAUUUUUACACCAAUAAUAAUAUUAUGUAGGUACUUUGAUAUAAAUGUGAUUGACUGUAAGUGCCCUUAUUGUGUUAUUUUUAAUACAUUAGUGCAUCCACACCGCAGUUAUUUAUUUCAUUUUAGAUAAGUGUGUUCAAAUUCUAUCAAGAAUUAGACUAAAUUAAAAAACAAUCAUAUUAUAUAGAUUAGUUUUAAUGUGGAACAAUUUAUUUGAGUUUGAAGACAACGGAAAUCGCCAACAAACUGUACAUUAAUACAAUUUUACCUCAUUAUUUGUUACAGGUGCAUUUAAAUUGUGUUACUUAUUAACAUAUUUUUUUAAAAACAAAUUCUAUAUAAAUAAACUGGGGUGUGAAUGGAUCAUAAUGUAUAUUGUAUUUUGAUUAGUAGAAAUAUGAUUAAUUUUGGUAUUCAAUAAUAAGGAAGACGAAAGCAGAAAAAUAAUUACAAACAUUUAAAUAUUUAGUAUAAAAUGUUCUAGGAUUUUCUCACAAAACUGCAGUUUUUAUAGAUUUAAUAUUGUAAAUGUAAUGGCUCUUUUAUAGAUCAUGCUGUCCCUAUCUUGUAAUGAGACUUUAACCUAAUCUGUUUCCAUAUUAUACUGAUAGCAAGUUUUUUA